UUCAUUCCAGUUUUGGGCAACAAAAAGAUUUUAUACCUUCAAGAGGAAUGUCUUCGGUGUGUCGCAUAUCGAAUUGUCUGUCUCCCAGAGCUUUAUCCACUGCGAUUCGCCCAAAGGUCACUUUUAGAGCGACUCCACCAUCUUGCCGCCGUCGGACAUUCCUCUCUCGCCGUCGGACAUCUUUCUGGGCACCUUCAUACCCAGAAAGCAAGCCCCUUGCGAGCACUUUACAGGUACCAUUCACUCCACCACCUCCCACCGACAAUGGUGACGGUCAUUUAUCUGAGGAGACUAGGCCAGAAGUAAUAGUGGCGGAACCUAGAGACAAAAAAAAUCGAUAUCUGAAUAGCUUGAUGGAAAAAGCGGGGGAACUGAGCUUGAAAUGCUCUAUAUUAGACGCGGAGGGUAACUGGGGAGCGGAAGGGCAAAAGUACACAAAGUUAGAGCUAUGUCGCGAAUAUGACCUGGAUCCCCGAGAUCUUCGUAAACUAGAUUCCCUGUCUCCCAGUCUUGUCCCUGUAAUUCUCACACGUAAAACUUGUAUUCUUAUAUCAAUGCUUCAUUUUAGGGCCCUCAUCAAGCCUGACAGUGUGAUUGUAUUCGAUUCAUCACACGCACACAAAGAUGUCACAAGAAGGUUCAAAUAUCACUUGGAGAGGAAUAUUAAAGCCGGACUGGGGAUAAAAGUUGGCGGAGCGGAUGAGGAAAAGUGUGAUGAAAUUGUGCUGAGCUAUGAGCAUAGGGCGCUGGAAUCAAUAUUGGUGGUAACCGCGAAUGCAUUAGAGGAGGAAAUGGCUUUCAGCAGGCAUAUCGUCCAGCAACUAUUGGCUGAUCUUGAAGACCACAUCGAUCGGGAAAACUUGAAAAAACUUUUGCAUUACUCCAAGAAGAUUGCGGCUUUCCAAAGCCGAGCGCGUUAUGUCAAGAGCGCGAUCGAUGAAUUGCUUGAUUCUGAUGAGGAUCUUUCCGCAAUGUAUCUUACAUCGAGGGCGCAGGGACGGCCACGUGCGUUGCACGACCAUGAACAGCUUGAGCUUUUACUCGAGAGCUUCGUGAAGCAAGUGGAAGAGAUCGUCAGUGAGGUUGAUACUACUGUCGUUAAUAUGCAAUCGACGCAAGAAAUUGCCGAGUUGAUGCUCGAUUCUGGUCGGAACGCUCUCCUUGCGCUCGACAUCAAAAUCUCAAUAGCAACACUAGGUAUCGGUUCCGGAGCUCUCCUCGCAGGUUUAUUCGGUAUGAACUUAACAACACAGCUCGAAGAAACGCCUUAUGCUUUCGCCGUCAUCUCAUCCACCGCGUUCUUGGUCACCGUCCUGAUCACAGCUUACGGUCUCCGUACCCUCCGUCGCGUUCGACGCGUUGCCCUCUCGGGCCGUAAUCCUGCGGUCCUCUCCUCUGUCCUCGGUUCUGCCUCGUGGGACUCGAGCGUGGCCCAGUUUUCACAAGGUUUCGACCCGGCAUUGGUCGAUAUGCGCACGGAAAUGGCGAAGCGCGCGAUAUGGGAGAGAUUGUGGUGGGGCAGUAAGAGGAAAGAGGUGGAGGAAGGAGAAAAGUGGAGGAAAGCGUACACGUAUGCGAGUGCGAAGAAAGAGCAGGAGAAGAGGAAAUGGGCAAGACUACCUGGUGGGCAAACGAGAUAAAUGCUCUCAUGCUUUCCCAUUAUUAUUACAAACGGGGAUAUAAUGUUUCAAAAGUUGUCUAAAUAAAUGGGUUGAAAUUAUAUUCAUACAUAAAUAACGCAGUUUCCAGCUUAACAAGUCAUCUAGCAUAGAAAGUUUGUAGCCAGUCUUUUUUGUUGCAUUUGCAUCCCCUCUCAUGAGAAGAGAAAAAUCAAUUUAUUACCAUGCAU